CGUCCUCGGAACGCACCACGAACCAGGCUAUUGGGUGACCUGAACAGACUGGACCCCAACACCCUGACCACCCAGUACGAAUAAUGUGGAAGCUUGGACCCCGUUGGUGCUCGAGGACGCCAGGAACAAGGUCUUUCACACACUGGGCUCGCCUCGGGCGGAACUUCUGGCUAGUAGGCCCAAGCCAUAUAAUUUGCAGGGAGCGAGGAUGAAGAGGAGAAGGACGGUCUUGCUUUGAAUCCGCAAACAUACCAUUUUAUCCAAACCAUCGACAUAAACACCACAUGAUCAUCACCAUGGAAGCACCUUCAACAUACAGACCCGAAGGCCACCACACAUCCGUUCCCAUGACCCCCCCUCCCGAGAAGGCAGACUGCGACCGCCAGCAGCAGCCCCUGACGAUUGUGCCGCCACCACAACCACAGAGCCUUGAACCUCCAACGCCAGACUCGCUCCCCAAGGACUUUCCAUCUGGCCACUGUUCGACAAGCAGCGAGAGUAUCUCUUCCAGCAGCAGACGUCAGCGGAACCGCCCUCGUCGUCAAUCCACCCCAGCGUAUGAACUUGCCUGCUCGCCCCGCGACCCCUUGUCGCUCCACACGGAACGAGCCUACCUCCAUCAAGAGCUCAUGAGGCGCGCGGCCUGGUCUCAGAAACUCUACCGAGAUCACUGCCUAGCAAAUGAAACCUUCAGAGCCGCCACCAACGCCAAGGAGCAGCGUCGGUGGAAGAAGAAGCUGAGUCUACUCAGAGAGAAGAUCAACGAGGCCGCCUGCCAGGAACGCGUCAUCUACCAGCGCCUGGGCGACUUGAGCUUCGCCCUAUCCAGCCAGGAUCGAUGGACACAUGCUCAGCGUGCCACGACCCUAACCUACUCGCCAACUACACUGCCACAGAUGGACUAUCCGACGGACUGCAAAGAGCCCAGCACGCCUCGCAUUCUCAAUGCUACCUCGCCAACGUUUGUGCCCCGUAGCUUGUCCUUGAACUCGUGCUUGGAGCCCGAGCGAGGACUGGAUCCAGUCGGAGAGGAAGACGAGGGCCAUGCCGAUGUCGUUGAAGACCAUUCCAGCAGCGAGGCCGGGCACAUGGAGGCAUCGCCCCGCGAAAGACGACGCUCUGUGUCCUCGCCCCGCGAAAGACGACGCUCUGUGUCCUCGCCCCGCGAAAGACGACGCUCUGUGUCCUCGCCCGUCUGUUCGCCUCUGGAAAAGCGUCUCUCUAUGCCGGAUCUGCCGGCUUUGUGGUCUUGAAUGAACUGUCUACUGCAUGCUGGCGUCGGGGAGGGGUGUCUUUGCAUUCAAGUGUCGUUUUAGCAUUAGUUACAUCAGCCAUUAAAUCAUCAGCGUUCCGGCCAGCCGGAUCGGUCCGUCUACAUGUUCUCCCCGCCGUGUGUAUGUACUUUUUACUUUGUGACAACGCCUCAUGCAAACUCGCCGAACUGUCCGUCGUCAAAGCCCAGCUGCUGCGCUGAGCGCCUCUUUCUUUUCACAUCAUCUGCACUCGGUGGCGGUGGAAGACUGAAGCCACCACCACCAGGCGGCGGC